AUGUCUGGGCAUAAAGUUGAUAUACGUGAACCCUUUUCUUCCGAAUUGAAAAUUAGAGGAAAUGCUUUAAAACUUUUGAUAUUCAGAAUAUACAGUCGAUUGUAUCAUCAGGAAGCUUUAGCCCUUCAUUUGAUAAACUUUUUGCUAUUAAUUCGAAUAAAAAUUGGAUUUUAUCAAGCCUUUGAUUUUUAUGCUAUCUCUUUAAAGAAUCAAAAUUAAUAUAAUCUGUUGCACAUAUUUCUUAUUGUGAAAGGCAUGUGGGAAAUUUCCUCACAUGCAUUGCAUAGUAAGAAAUAUGUGCAAGGAUGAUAUUAAAUUUUAUUAAUUUAAUAUAUUUUUAAGAUCUUGGCGUAAUUUUUUAUAGGAGAUUUAGAAGAAAAGUCAAUACUCAAGUUAAAAGUUACUGAAGCAUUAUGAAGCAUAAUUUGAUGCCUUCAAGUAAUAAGCUUUUUAUGAACUUCAAAUCUCUCAAUUGAAAAUUGAGAAGAAAAUAUGAUAGUAUGAAAUGCCAUUGGAAUUUUUAGGCUUGAUAAUAUAUGCUCUCAGCUGGGCACGAUGAGAGAAUGCUUAUAUUUAUCAUUUACAAUUACUUUCAUGCUUGGUGUUAGCAUGACUUGCCUAGCUAUUUGUAUUUAUUGUUCUUUAAGUGUUGCAAAAUUAUUUGGUAUAUUAAGAUUAUUUUUCAACUUUUGGCUGAUUUUCUUUUUAAUACCUUCCAUGGCUAUCUAUUCCAUAUUUUUAAAGUAUAAUAUUUGACCUCAAAAAUAUAUAUCAGAAUACAAAGAAAAUAAUCAAGAAGACUUUGAAAUAAGCCCUGGGCUACAGUUUACAAUUGUUCUAGCAUUAAUAACAAACUUCCCUUUGCUUUAUUUUUAUAAUCAAUUUACAAGUGAAAUUAGACACUCUGAAAGCACUAAAACUAUAAAAGCAAAAGCUCAUUCAAAAAUUGAUUGUCAUAUUGCAAUUUUUACUUAUUUUUUGCCAAUAUUUUUUACUUUAUAGGAAUUGCCCGAGGAUGGCGCUAUCUUGCGCCAUCCUCGGGCAAUUCAAAAAAAUGGCCCUACACCGGGAAUCGAACCCACGCGUGGGGCCAUUUUUGGUGCGUGUAAGUCGAUGUUGGCCACACACCAAAAAUGGCCCCACACGUGGGUUCGAUUUCCCGGUGUGGGGCCAUUUUUGAAUUGCCCGAGGAUGGCGCAAGAUAGUGCCAUCCUAGGGCAAUUGCUAUAUUUAAUGAAAGCUAUAUUAUUUAUUUUCAAUUUUUUAUGAUGAUUGUUUCAAUAAUUAUAGUCGCAGAAUCUGAAAUGCUUUUGCCUUAUUUUUCUCUUUAUUACAACCUAAUGCAAAAUCUCAAGCUUUUUACUGUUGCUAUAUUUUCUUUUGGAUUUGUCUUACUCUCCCCCUCCGUGAGCGAACAAAACCAUUAGAAAAAUCCCUAUUUUUUUGCCCAAAAACCCAUCCUCUGAGAGCGAACAAAAAUUUUUUUAAAGAGAUAGCUAGUAUUAUGAAAUAUCUAGCUAAUUCUUUUUAAUUUUAAACAAAUUACGUUUUAAAACAUAAAUUUUAUAAAUUAAAUUAAUAUUUGCUUUCCAAUUUUUAAGAAGUGGAUUUUUUUAAAUUUCGAAAAACAACUUUUUUUAUAAAAUAUAUAUAAUUUUUUUUAAAAAAAAUAUUAACCCCCUCCAUGAGCGAACAAGUAUGUUUGGUUGACUCACGGAGGGGGGGAGUUAGGGUAUAUAAUGAAUAACUCAUUGCUUAUUAUUUUUAUAGCAGCUAUUUUAGGACCAAUAUCAGCAGCAAUUUUAGUGCAAUUAACUAUAAAACUCCAAAAACAAAUAAAUUUGGCUGAUUUAGCGGAUUUGAAAGAAAUAAAUUCUGAAUACGAGCUAGAGAAAAAACUAAGAUAUUGGCUAUGCCUAAAAGAUACUGAGCAUAAAGAUGAAAUAAUUCAAAUCUUUGAAAAAUUCAUUAUAAAAAAUAAUAAUAGAGGUAAAUUUCAAAUUAUUUGGGUAGCAAAUUACUGCUUAUAUACUCUAAAAGACGGGCCAUUAGCAAAAGUCAAGCUAAGCAAAGCCAAAACUAUUUCAAGCUGAAAUUUAGAGGCAGACUUUCAAGAAUACCUAUUAGCAUCAGCUAUAUUAGGUAUAUGCAAUAAAAAUAUCAACGAAUCUUCUUCAAAUGAGAGCUUAAUUUUUAUUAAUUAUUACCAGCAACUAAAUUUGAUAAAAAAUAAAGAUGCAAAAUUAUGCACACAUUUAUUGAAUUUUUGGGAAGAAUUGACUUCAUCUAGGCCUGAUCUUAAUGGAUUAAAAAAGAGAUUGGAAUGGAUUAACGAGAUGAUUUUAUACCUUAACAAUCAAUACAUAAAGCUAGCAAUGGAGUUUCCGGGCUCUCGAGAAUGCUUAACACUGUAUACUUCGUAUUCAAAUGAUAUUAUUUAUGAUUACGAAAAGUCAAAUUUACUAGAAAAUAAAUUAAGAGGGCUAAACAAUCUAAAUAGUGCAAAUGCUGAAUUAAAAAAACUCAGCUUUUUUAAUGAGUCUAGUGGAAUUUUAAUAAUAUCAGGCGAGCCUGAUAGUUUUGGUCAUAUUUUAUUUGCUAAUCCAAGAGCUGCUGAAAUUAUGAAAAAUUCUAUUUUUAGUUUGGAAGAGAGCAAUAUAAUGGAUUUCAUUCAUACCUAUUAUUGGAAAAGUCUAAAGCAAGAAUUAAAGUGGCUUAUUCAUUAUGGUUCAAGCUCUCAAAUAGAAUUUAGUAAAGGCUUUUUUUUGAGUAUUCCUGGAAGAUAUUUAAUUGAAUGUAAAGGAAAAGCUGUAAUUACAUCAAUUGAUAAUAAUAUUUGUUUUAUAUUAAACUUCCAAAUAAAGCAAAUAAGACAUCAGGCAGCACUUUUAACAGAUAGUGGAGAAAUUUUGUGCUGAACAGAAAAUUUUUCUGAGUUAGCUGGAAUAUAUAAUGAAAAUUUAAUAGACUGCAAUAUUAAGGAUGUAUUUACUGAAAUCGGAAGAUAUGGUGCAGAAAUAAUUUUUCAAUCGCAAAAUAGCCAAGCAACUCUUGUAGCAUCUCAUAUAGAUAUUUAUAAAUUUAAGGUUUUUUAUGCUAUACUAAGAAAUGACCAUGAAGGAAUACCAAGAUGAAAAAAUGAAAAUUCCUAUAAUAUUAAGAAAGAAAAAGAAGCAGCAUAUAAUAAUUCGUUAAACCAAGGAAAAUCUUUAAAAACCUAUGAAAUAUCUGACGAAAAACCUUUAAAAUCAGAAAUGAAAUUAAUUCAUUCAAACUCUAAUGUCUCUUUAGUUUACCAUGAAAAUAAUUCUGUCAGUAAAUCAUCAGAUGCUAGAUCGCAAUUUCUAAGCAAAAAAAAAUUUUUUAAAAUGCUAGUAAUUGCUUCUAGGUCCAUAAAUAUUUUGCACUUUGCUUUUAUUUUAUCAGUAAUAUUUAUAUAG